UAAAUUUGCCCUGAAUGACAAAGUUGCAAAGAAAAAUAAAAGGCAGACUUCAAAACAGAAGGCUAGUCAGCAGACGAGCUCUUCCAGUGGGAAUAAUUUUCAAAUACUGGAUGAUAGCACUUGGAGUGAAACAUCUCAAGUUGAAGGAAGGUGUAAGAAUCCUGUCGCUUUGAAGUGCAGAGAACAGGCCAGCAUACAGAUGGAUGUAACUGAUGAACUUGAUUUAACUCACUCAUCUAACGCAACUUCAGAGGAUGUCGAAUUACCAACUCCAACCUACAAAGAGGCUAUGCUGCUGUUAGAACAGCUUAGUGUGGAUCAUACAGGUUCUGCUAUUUUGUUGAAAAUUCAGGACAUACUUCUAGAAUAUGAACAGAUAAUAGAAUGUGAAAAAAAUCGGUACACAGCUGUCUGUAGGGAAGUAAGGAAAUUGGAAAUGGAGAAGAAUGAGUCACGGUUAAUCGCAGAAGAGACUCAGGAUUUGAAAUGCAUAUUGGCUCACAAAGAAGUGGAAUGGAAAAGUGAUAUCCAAAACCUUAAAUUAACUUUGAAACAAGAAGAGGAAAAGAGGCUCAGAGUGGAAACACAAUAUGAGAAGACAAGAGAAAAACUAACAAGAAAGGAAGAUCAAUGUUGUAAAGAAAUGGAGGAGAAACAGCAACUUGAACUACACUCAAAGAAUUUAGAAAUUGAGUUAAUAACACUGAAAAAGCUCUUGAAACAGGUUGAAGAAGAGCGUGAUGAAACACAGAGACAGCUCUCUCAGGAAAAGAGUGCCAGAGCCCUGCAAGAAGAGAUUUUGAACAACCACCUUUGGAGACAGAAAGAACUAGAAGAAGAGACAAGAAGAACAUUAGAAAAAAAUUCAGACGAAUCCGACACUGAGAGAGAAAAGGAUCUGUUGUACAAAAAUCAGUUACUACAAGAUGAGAUUGCUAUGCUAAGGCUAGAACUUGAUCAAGUAAGACUUAGGCACCAGGAAGAAGAAGGAGAAUAUUUAGAGGAAAAUGAGACCUUGAAAGAAAAAAAUGAAGAUCUCAGAAAGGAGCUUAAACUGAACGAGGAAGCCUUAACGCAAACUGUUUUACAGUACAACGGACAGCUGAACUUAUUAAAGACAGAAUCUGCAGUGCUAACUUCCAAACUUGAGCAGACAAAAGAAAGCAGGGACAGAUUAGAGACAGAAAUUGAAUCGUUUCGUUCCCGUCUGAACACUACUAAUCAAGAACUUGAACGUCAUCAGCUAUCCAAAAAUGAUGUUGAACGAACAUUUCAGAGAGAACGUGAUGAAUGGCUUCGCUUGCAGGACAAGCUCCAUCAUGAGCUCUCUGAUGUGCGGGAAAGCAACAAGAGCUUGUCUAAGCAGCUGAGUAAAGCUGAAACCAAAGCUAAUAGUCUAGAAAAUGAGCUUCACCAGCUGAGCCAAACACUCAGAGAAAAAGCAUUGCUUUUAGAAAUGACACAAAAAGAAUUAAGUCAAGCCCAGUGUCAGGCAAAGGAAUGUGACCAUGCUCGACAACUUGAGAAAGAUCAAGUAAGCAAAUUUAUAAUAAAGCAGGAGUCCAUGCAGGAGCGACUGGCCCAGUUCCAGAGUGAAAACCUGCUACUCCGUCAGCAGCUGGAAGACAUGCAGAACAAGGGGAUCAUCAAAGAAAAAGUAGUGAAUGAUGUGCAGGACCGGUUUAAUGAUAUUUUCAACAAACUCAGAGCUGAUACUGAAAAGCAAGUUUACCUAGUGGAAGAGAAAAACAAAGAAUUAAAUGCCAAGUGUACUGAUUUAAGAGAGCAAGUCUCUAAAUAUGAAACUGAGAAAGCAGAAAGAGAGGGCAUGGUCAGACAGCUGCAGCAGGAGCUUGCUGAUGCUCUUAAAAAGCAAUCCAUGUCAGAAGCCUCACUUGAAGUUACUACACGCUACCGCAGUGACUUGGAGAAAGACAAAUUGCGCUUGCAAAAGGAAUUGGAGAAGGUUAAAAGCAAG